CCAUUAUUUUGCCUGAAUGGGGCGCUACUGAUAUGUUUUCUUUUCUAAUUGUAGGAAGCAAAAGUAAAUAUGACAGAGUAAAUAUUUAUUUUAUAUAAUUGUUGUGGAUGUUGUUUCUGUUUAAAGCUACAGAUGAUCUCCAUGUAUUAGCCGGUACAGUGUUGUUGUCCAACAGAAAUGGCAGACGAGGCUCUUUUCCAGUUCCUCCAUAAUGAACUUAUUCAAUAUGUCAACAACACAGAAAAUGGCGAAAAUGAAAAUGGACGGUGUGUUUCUAAGCUUGAGAACAUAGGCUUUCGUGUGGGACAAGGUCUCAUCGAAAGGUUCACCAAAGACACGGCGCGCUUUAAAGACGAGCUCGACGUCAUGAAAUUCAUCUGCAAAGAUUUCUGGACCUGUGUGUUUAAGAAGCAGAUCGAUAACCUGAGAACAAACCACCAGGGUAUUUACGUCUUACAGGAUAACAAGUUCCGUUUAUUGAACCAACUGUCUGCUGGUAAACAAUAUCUGGAACAUGCCCCGAAGUACUUGGCGUUUACCUGCGGCCUGGUGAGAGGAGGGCUGUACAACCUUGGUGUGAAGAGCAUUGUCACCGCUGAGGUGUCUGUCAUGCCUGCUUGUAAAUUCCAGGUGAUGAUCCAGAAGAUGUAAACACCGAACAAGAACAAAGUCUUUCUAAUAUAUAGGCAUCUGUCAUAUAGUUUUGUUUAUUUGUGAUUUUAUUCUACUGUAUUUUCUCUCCAUCAAAGCCUCUUAAAUUCCUUGCAUGCAAUCUACAGCAUGUUGAGGUCAUGCCUUAUUGUACUGUGUUCAUUUGUACCAUAACCUUGAUUCAUCGUUGGGUUUACACUUUAUCUCCUACAUCAUUUGCACAAGAUAUUAAAACAUAUUCUGUUUGAAGGA